UGCUGGGAGCCUGGUGACGCUGUAGGAUGCUUUGAUAAGCAGUAUGAACACAAGGGCAGGUGCUGCAACCGGUGUCAGCCAGGGGAAAAGCUGGUCUCCGAAUGCAAUGACACAGAAGACUCUGUUUGCGCCCGCUGUGAGAGCGGACACUAUCAGCAGAGCUGGACCAAGGAGAGGCACUGUGCCCCCCACGAUAUCUGUGAAGACAACGCUGGCCUCAUUGUGAAGAUGCAAGGAAAUGAAACGCACAACACUGUGUGCCAGUGCCAGGCCGGCAUGCACUGCUCUGACACCAGCUGCCAGACCUGUGUGGAGAACCAGCCCUGCCAGCGCGGUUUCGGCUUUGUGGCAGCCAAGGCCGUGGCCCAGAUGUCAUCCCCCUGUGAGCCCUGUGCAGAAGGCACCUUCUCCAAUGUCUCUUCUAAAACCGAGCCGUGCCACCCCUGGACAAGCUGUGAGGAAAAGGGGCUAGUGGUGAAGGUGAAGGGGACGAACACCUCAGAUGUGAUCUGCGAGUCGGGCAGGCGCUCCUCGCUGUCAGUGCUGAUCCCCAUCACAGCCGCGGUCGUCACAUGCCUCGUGGGCAUCUGCAUCUACUGUCUGGUCCACAGAGGUCCCAGGCGACGGGUGCAGAAGCAG